GCUUUUUUUUUUCCUCCACUUGCUACUGAAACUGCUACUCAAAGUCUCUGUUUCUCCUCCAGAAAGCAUGCAGAGCUCCAGCAACUCGCGCAUGGACCGUGUUUGGCUGCGAGUUGCAGAGAAAGUCAGAAACACUCAGGAGAGCAGCGCUUUCCAGAGCUUUCCGAGAAGACUGCCCUGAGCUGUGGAGGGCAGCGGUGGAGCUCAGGCUGUAAGUGUUGGAGUGAGGACUGUUGGUUGUUUCUGAGCUGCGGAGGAACCGAGUCAGAAGAGUAAAAGUUCAGAAGGUGGGCAGGUGCGCUCAGAGCGACUUUCCUCGCUUUCUGACGCGCAGUGUCUCCUGAGCUGCGUCCUGUGCGUCUGCGGGGACUAUGAGGUUUCUACUCGGCGUGCUGGAGUGUCCGGAUCCGGAUACCUGUGUGGUGAGGAACGGCUGAGGGCUCACCUGACUGAACAGCUUCUCCACAGCGUUAGCAUCUGCUGCUAACUCCCAGCCAAAUGCCUCCUCUCCUGCUCCUCUGCCUGCUGUGGUCUUUCCUGCAGAGCUGCUGGGCUGAAUCCGCUCUCAUCACCAAACUGCAGCACGGCGAGGUGAAGGAGCAGAACGGGGUUCAGGAGUCUCAGCAUGAGAAGGUAGUGAUGGUGAGCGGUGAGGGGAUGAUUCACAGCCCUGGAUUCCCACACACAUACCCCCGCAGCACUGUGAUUGUGUGGAGGCUAGGAGCUGCCGAUGAAGUCUCCAAGAUCCAGCUGACCUUUGACCAGCGUUUCGGCCUGGAGGACCCUGAGGACGGCGUCUGCAAGUAUGAUUAUGUGGAAGUGGAGGAGCCUUCUGAGGGGAUGGUUUUGGGUCGCUGGUGUGGCUCUCAGGAUAUCCCUGGUCCUCAGGUGUCCAAAGGGAAUCAAAUCCGCAUUCGUUUUGUUUCAGACGAGUACUUCCCUUCUGACCCAGGCUUCUGCAUCCACUACUCUCUGCUCCAGCAGAAGCCGGACACUCCUGCUGUAAUGCCGAUGCCACCAGCACUGCAGAGUGUGGAGGCUCUGGGGGAAACUGUGGCCGGCUUUGGCACUGUGGAGGAGCUGCUGAAGUACCUGGAGCCGGACCGCUGGCAGCUGGACCUGGAAGAGCUUUAUAAGCCCACCUGGCAGGUGCUGGGAAAGUCCUUCUUCCACCAGAAGAAAGCCAGAGGUGUGGUGGAUUUGAACCUGCUGCGUGAGGAUGUUCGGCUGUACAGCUGCACGCCGCGAAACGUGUCUGUGUCGUUACGUGAGGAGUUGAAGCGGACAGACGCCAUCUACUGGCCCAGCUGCCUCUUGGUGAAGCGCUGCGGGGGAAACUGCACCUGCUGCUCACACCGCUGCUACGACUGCCACUGCACCCCCACCAGAGUGGCCAAGAAAUACCACGAGGUACUGAUGCUGAAAAUCAGACCGGGUGGCCGAGGGCCGCAGAAGUCCUUGACGGACGUCCCAUUGGAACACCAUGAGGAGUGUAGCUGCGUGUGCAAGAAUGACUCAGACUGAACUUGACCCGGAGAAGGAGCUUUAUUGGCCCCCGUGCGGACUGAGCUUCACCUGGGGAAAUAUUUAUUCGUGGCUUACUGACAGAGCCAUUUUUCUACCACCGUCUUCAAACUAAUGAAACCUAGAGAUAGACAUCUUCUUAUCUUGACUUUUCUAAGCCUUUCAGAGGGCACCAGUACUCCUGCUCUCAUGGAUCUGUGUGUAACUCAUAAAGACAUUUCCAUCAGUCCCAUUUUAAUAUUGAACAUUCAGAGGGAAAAUCCUAUGCAACUAGGUAGUAUGUUUACGUGCGUUUGUGUACAUACGUUAGUGUUUUUCAGUGCACGGUGCUGUGAGAGGGUUGAGGAAGAUGAAGGGGAAUCCACCAGCUAUACGUAAGCUCAAACAUAGGCUAGUUAAUGUAAUGCUUACUUAGUUAAACUUUACAUAAGAUCAAAAGUAGUUGCAGCAUACAUCUGCUGAAAGGCCCAGUCUAGCGCAAUCACAUUUAUAUCAAUGGAAUUCGCCACAACGAGCGAGUCUGUGUUCCAGACUUCCGGAAUGAAUCAAUUUCAUGUGCAAAUUCACGUCUUCGACCUUUAGCUUUGGCUAAACACAUGUAAGGAAGACGGAUAUGCAGUCAUUUCAGAGACUGUAUUAUCUUUACAUUUGUGGUUUCACUAUUUGUUUUUAGGCAAGUUAGCCAGCUUGGCUGACAUAACUGCUAUGUUAGCUCCUUGGCUAAUUGCAGCUGCACACAAGUCUCGCUCAUUCAUAUAAGUCAUUACCACCAACCAUGCAGAUAUCUGCACUUUUUUUCUCCACAUCUGUGUCCACCACUGUGCUGUGGCGAGUAUAUAAUUAUCUGACAUAUUUUCAUAUUUGUGUAUUUUUACGAUAGGCAAGUUGGCCAGCUAGCUAACUGCUAUGUUAGCUCUCUGGCUAACUGCAGCUGCACAUAAGUCACCCCACUGCUGUCUACCAUGCCAGAUAGACUUAUGGUUUCAGUGUGCUGCAAUGUGGAAGUGCUGGCUGGCUAUCUGAUGGUUGUAAAAGCCAUUUAAUAGCUGUAUUUGAGCGAGAGGGCUACAAUCAUGGAUUUGUACCAACAUACAGUGCACUUCAGCUGGGCUUUAGCCUGCACUACUACGAAUGAUUAGAAGGGCCAAAAUGCAUUAAUACAAUUAAAAAAUUAGUGGCAUUAAUAAUUUAUUACUAUUGUAAUGCAUAAUUGACAGCCCUAGCAAUUGCAUAAUUACCAGAGUGAUUAUGUAGUUACGUAAUUAUUACAUUCAUGUUCAAUUUACAUUCUGUAUUGAAAAAAACAGACAAAAAUAUAAGGAAUAUUUUUUUCUUUAUGCAAAAACAGACUGUCAGCAAAAUUUUCAGCAAAUUCAAAUCAUAAUAAAAUAUCUCCUCUUACACUUACAUACACAAAUGUGGCAUGGAUUGAAAGUUUAGAAUCUGCACUUUCCACACAGUUGUUUCAGUGAACUACGAGUCAGAAAUCAUUCACAAAAACUUGCAACAUGCUUCUACAACUAGCCUACGGUUGUCCCAAGUAGAGCUGGUCAAGCUGUAUUCUGGAUUCUGUCAUGUGCUCGGUGUGGACAGAAAGAGAAAGAGGAUGAAAGAGAGAGGAAAGUGAAUGAAGAGGGAGGGAAUGAAACAGUGAAAGACUGAGAUUGACAUGUCUUCAUAAAAGAAAGGAACUGAUCUUUGCUUCUCAUUGCUCUCCUUAUUAAGAGUGUCAUCCACCAGCAGGUGUUGUCUGUUCUUUGAGGUUCUUUUUUCCAGCUCCAAACAUCGCAGAGGCUUUUAAGGAGUCUAUGGGACGAUGCCUUUGAUAUCAUGAAUCUGUUCGUUGAAGAUCCCUGUGGACCAGAGGUGGACCUUCUAUCCUUUACAUAACCAUCCCACAGAGGAUCUAUCGCUUUAAUUUCUACAAAAAGACGAUUUGAUCUGAGAGAAAGGAGGGACAGAUAGCUCUCGGACUGCUUCACGUCAUCUCUGUGUUGUGUUUGACCUUAAUAAACAUCAUGUAAAAGGAGCACAUACGAAAGAUGAAAGCACCCUCUUGCAUUUUGUUGCUGUUUUAGGAAAAACUUUAAAAGAAUUACAAAUUUGAAUACUAAAGUUAAUAUCUGUCUGCCUUACAGUCAGAGCACCCUUCAUUUACUCAAUUUCCAGUUGAACCUGCUACUUAGUAAAAGUUAUUCAUCUUUCUGAGCAGAUUUGCUAUAAGAUAAUCCGCUUGCACAAGUAAGCGACAAACAAAAACUUCCAAAACUGAAGUUCAAAACUGAUUAAAAGCUACAGAGAAAAUGGGACUCCUAACAACCACCUGGAAGACCUGGUAGACACCAAAACUGCCCCAUCA